CGGGAGCGGCCAUGGAGGCGGGCGCCGGGGCCGGCGCGGGAGCCGCGGGCUGGAGCUGCCCGGGCCCAGGACCCACAGUAACCACUUUAGGCUCCUAUGAGGUGUCCGAGGGCUGUGAGAGGAAGAAGGGCCAGCGCUGGGGGUCCCUGGAGCGGCGAGGGAUGCAAGCUAUGGAGGGGGAGGUGUUACUGCCGGCUCUCUAUGAGGAGGAAGAGGAGGAGGAGGAGGAGGAGGAGGUGGGCGAAGAAGAAGAAGCUGAGCACAGGCAGAAGGCCGGCGGCGGAGGCUCCUUGUCCCUGAGCAAGCACCGGGGCCUGAGCCUCACGGAGACCGAGCUGGACGAGCUGAGAGCCCAGGUGCUGCAGCUGGUGGCCGAGCUGGAGGAGACGCGGGAGCUGGUGGGGCAGCAUGAGGACGACUCCCUGGAGCUGCAGGGGCUCCUGGAGGACGAACGGCUGGCCAGUGCCCAGCAGGCAGAGGCGUUCACCAAGCAGAUCCAGGAGCUGCAAGGCGAGCUUCGCCAUCUGCGGGAGGAGAUCUCCCUGCUAGAGCGGGAGAAGGAGAGUGAGCUGAAGGAAAUCGAGCAGGAGCUGCACUUGGCCCAGACCGAGAUCCAGAGCCUGCGGCAGGCGGCGGCCGACUCGGCGAGUGAACAUGAGAGCAACAUGGCGUCGCUGCAGGAGGACCUCUGCCGCAUGCAGACCGAGCUGGACGACAUGGAGCGCAUCCGGGGAGACUACGAGCUGGAGAUCGCCACGCUGCGCGCCGAGAUGGAGAUGAAGACCUCCGAGCCCUCCAACAGUUUAAGUCUCUCGGACUUUUCUGGCUUGCAAGAAGAACUACAGCAGCUGCGGGAGCGCUACCACUUCCUGAACGAGGAAUACCGGGCCCUGCAGGAGAGCAACAGCAGCCUCACGGGGCAGCUUGCGGAUCUGGAGAGCGAGAGGACACGGAGAGCGACGGAGAGGUGGCUGGAGUCCCAAACACUGAAGAGCAUGACAUCGACCGAGUCUCAGACUUUCGAGGCGGAUUUCCCAGAGCCCGACCCCGGAGUGCUGCUGUUGCGACAGCAGCUGCUGGGGGCUGAGGAGCAGAUGCUGAGCAUGAAGACCAAGUGCAAGGAAUUGUGUGGAGAGUUGCAAGAGCUGCAGCACCACCGCCGGGUCGGGGAGGAAGAGCAGAGGCGGCUGCAGAGGGAGCUCAAGUGCGCGCAGAACGAGGUGCUCCGGUUCCAGACCUCUCACAGCGUCGUCCAGAAUGAGGAACUGAAGACCAGGCUCUGUGCCCUGCAGCAGAAGUACGAUGCCAGCCAGGAUGAACAGAAGGAGCUCUUGAAAGUGCAGCUGCAGCUUCAGUCUGAGCUCCGGCAGCUCAAGGUCACGACAUCCACGGUCAUGGAGAACCAGGCUGAGAAGGAACUGCUGUGCCGGGUCCAGAAGCUGCAGCUGCAGUACCAGACCACCACGAAAGAGAAGGAGAAGUUGCUGCAGGUGCAGCAGCAGCUGCAGGAGCAGCUGCGGGGCCGCGAGGCAGAGCUGCAGGGCCUCAAGAACAUGGUGACCUGCUUCCGAGAGAGCGAAGACAAGAACACAGAGACACAAGCCCAGCUUCGGGAGAUAAAGCGACUGUACGAGGACAGCAAGGACGAGCUGGAGCGGCAGAAGCACAUGUACGACCAGCUCGAGCAGGACUUCCUGCUGUGCCAGCUGGAGCUGGACGAGCUCAAGACCACCCAGCCCCUCCUCGAGGACAAGGACAAGUGUGCUAACAAGUGUGAUGCACUGCUGUCCAGACUGACAGAAUUGCAGGAGAAGUUCAAGGUCAGCCAGAAGGAGCUGGCGCAGCUGCAGAUGGAGCAGUGCGAGCUCCUGGAGGAUCAGAAGCGGUUGCAGGAGGAGCAGGGCCAGCUGCAAGAAGAGCUGCACAAGCUCAUGUUGCCGCUCCCCAAGAGCGGGCUCGUCCGGAAGAGUCAGGAGAUACUGACAAAGCUGCAAGACCUCUGUGAGCUGCAGAUGCUUUACCAAGGCAUGCAGAAUGAGCAGAAAAAACUGAUACAGAGCCAAGCGAGUAUACUGAAAGAACAAUUAGAGACACACAAAGCGCUGUGGCACUUCAAAGAGACACAUUUCCAGGAAGUGGUGGAGAAUCCUGAGGACCCCAAAUGGGCGAAGUCCUCGAAAUGUAAUGAAAACAAGCCCCAGCUGCUCAGGGACCAGCUGCAGGCUCUGCAGGUGCUGUACAGUGAGAGUCAGGCGGAACAGGAGCUACUGCAGCAGGAGCACGAGAAGCUGCUGGAGGAGCGGAAGAGGCUGCAGGCUGACCUACAGUUCUGCCUGGAAGAGAUGCAGCUGCUCCAAGACCAGUCGCCUGCGGUCAAGGCGAGCCUUGAGUCCUACAAGAAGAACCACGGCAGCGUGGCUCCCAGCAGUGAGAACUUCCUCAAGAGUUACGGGAGCAGCGACGCCAGCCACGACAGCUUCCUCAAGAGCUACGAGAGCAGCACGAGCGAGGCCUACGAGAAGAGCUACCGCACCAGCAGUAGCUCCAGCAGCGGCAGCGGCUCCUACAGGAAGAGCUACGGCAGCGGCAGCGGCUCUGACACCUAUCACAAGAGUUACGCCAGCAGCAGCCCUAGCGAGGACCUAGCCGAGCCUGCAGACAUGGAGCACUUUGAGGACUCGGUGGCCAAAGUGCUGACCAAGCUGCAGGCGGUGCAGGCCCUGGACCAGAUGAGCCAGGAGGAGCACCGCCAGCUGCAGGAGCAGAUGAACAAGCUGCUGGACCAGCAGAGAGCGCUGCGGGCGGAGCUGGAUGCGUGCGAAAGGGAUUUCCAGGAGUGCAUGGAAGGCCUGGACAAGCCCGCAGCCCCUUCUUGUGACAAGAGCGAGAUCAAAGAGCUACAGGCCAAGCUGCGGGAGCUGCAGCUACAGUACCAGGCUAGCAUGGAUGAGCAGGGCCGGCUGCUGGCGGUGCAGGAGCAGCUGGAGGGUCAGCUGCAGAGCUGCCAGGAAGAACUGUGCCGGCUCAAGGAGAAGAAGCCCUGCGCUGCCAAGGAGAGCAAGGGGAAGAGCAGCAGUAAAAACGGGAACAAGAAUGCCAACGGGUUUAAGAAUAAAAAAGGGCCCAAGCCCUGCUCGGACAGCUCCGAGGACAGCUUUGAGACCAGGAAGAGUCUGGAGGUGGUGCUAUACUACAAGGCCAGCCGGUCGGACUUAGAGAAGCUAGCAAAAGAGGACGAAAGGAAAGAGGAGACAGAGGAGGACAAAAAGGAAGUCCCGGAAGAGAAAGUGAAGCGGGAGUCUCGGGGCGAGCAAGCUGCGGAGCCGGCAGAUCCCGGGGAGGCUACGGCAGCCAUGGAGGAGGAGGAGGAGGAGGAGGAGGAGUACGAAGAACACAGAGAACAGGAGGACAAGGGGGAAGACAACCAAGAGGACCAGGACGAGGACGAGGACUCUCGCCCUGAGACAGCCGAGGAAAGCAGCCCCCUCAAACUUUCUGAGAGUAAAAAGGUCUGGUGGUCAUCUCGGCUUUGCUCUGGUGCUGGUGGGCUGAGACGUCAUCCUAACACAGGUACUGGUAUCGCUUCCUCUCCUCUCCCUUUCCUCUCUGCGGCUUGCCUCUCGCUCUUUGCUGUUUCCCAAGAGGUGGUGCUCGGGUCCGAGUUUUAGUCCUGGCUUUUCCUUGGGCUACUGCGAAGCCUGUGACGUCUCUGAGCGUGUCUUCACGAGGCACAGGGGGCUGGAAUGCUUACCAGAGACGUGGUUUGAGUUCCUGGCUGCGGCUGGGAGAGAAACCUAGAGAAGCCCAGCCACAGUGGCUACCGUCAGAGCUGCCUGACUGCUUCCAAUGAGCGGACAUGUGCCUGCGAGGCUGCCCAGGCUCCUCGUCUUUGUAUAACUGUAGAGCCGAGGUCUCGCUGCUGUUGCUGCCCAGGGUGGCAGCGUAAGGCGUUAGUCCCUCUCCUGCUGGGCGAGAAAGGGCUGCAGAGCUGUGCUCCUUCAACCUUGAUGACACAGACCCAGACCUCCGCCGUAGGAGACACUUGCCACUGAAAAGUCUCUGGUUUGCGACUUCUGGUCUCCAGAAAAAUCAUAACAAAAUGCCGGGAAGUAUUUUAUAGUUCUCUGUUUAUCCCUUUUGGGGGCCGAAUCCCAUGGUAAUCGGCUUCUCAAGCUUGGUUUUGAAGACAGCGUGUGUUACCGGUGAAAACUAUCAGCUGGAGAUAAGUGUGUCGGGCCUGAUGCAGCUGGGCACCUGCCAGCUGGCCGCGGCUCGGCGUCUGCUCUGUCAACAGCAGGCUGAAUUCAGGAAGCAGAACCCUAGGCUUCUGCCUGCCUGUGGAACCCACAAGUGACUCUCUCUUGUCCUGUUUGGGCUCCUUUCUUAUCCUUUCGCUGCCACCCCUAUCCCUAUAAGGGAAGUCUAGUUGGCUCCACGUGUAGCCCCCUAAGCAUUUGUUGGUAGAACUUUUUACCACUUUCUGUUCUUUCCUGUUUCCACUCCCCUACUCCUACAAACGUACACCUGCCCCCUUCGUCAACCCUUGUCCUUUUUUUUUUUUUUUCUUUUAAGGAUGUUCCUGUUACUCCUCUUGGUCUCUCUUUACACCUGUUGGUGACGGGGUCUCUCUGUACCUCCUGCUGGCCUGUACACGCGCACACGUCUUAAGCAGUCCCUGUAGGGUGAGGUUCCGAGCACUCAGCCAUGCCUUUCCCCAGCUCCACCUCCGCCAGGCCGGGUCACAAGGAGAGGAGGGCCCUGCUGGGGGCAGCUGCGAAUCCCAGAGCUCUGGCCACACCUCGGCGUUCAGUUCCCCACCCAGGAAGUGAGAUGUGUGGUGGAGAAGAAGGUGCGGCUGACCUCUCAGAAGCCACCCUUGAGAAGUGGCUGAGUCUCUCUCUCCUUCCUCCAGGCUGUGUCCUGGUGAGCAAAAUGCGUCAUCUCAACGUUAGCUUCUCCAAAUGUAAACAAAAGAUGCGUAAGCCCUGCCUUCCUCAUGGGAUUUUUGUGAGGAUCAGAUCAGCUGACUUAAUGAGUGUGAAAGUAUUGUGUAGGCUAUGAAAUACUACAUGCAUAAUGCAAGGAGCACCCAGCUCCAUAGUGCAUACGACAAGCUGGCCACUUGCAGUCACUUGACUUAUAGUAACUAAUUCAUCCUUCUUAUGAGGAAGCUAUGACUGUGAGUACUGUCAUUUAUAGACGCUCACGGCAAGACAUGGGCAGGUUGCGUAAUACAGCCAGGAUAUCGUGAGUCGGGUCAUCAGGAUGGAACAUGAGCAGCAGAUGGCAUUCUGCCCCCGUUUGUCCGCGUCACCUCCUCUCGCUCUGCACGCUGUCCCUCAGUGGGCCCCCUCGUAACGGGGAAGACGCCACGUUUCUGUUUAUGCAUUGCUGGGUAACGGAGCUCUCGCUAACCUCCUGUGUUGUUUAGGAAGCCCCUACGUGCCCUGCGUGUGUUCAGCACCCUCUCCCCGCCUCUGCCCCUGCACGCGAUGUCUUGGGUCCCUUGGCAGAAUUCUCUGUUCUGAGUAUUCACAUCGUCCCCCAGGGUGACAAGUACGCCUCCUGCCCUCAUCCAGGCUGCGAGUGGGGAGCCAGUCUCCUGUGUGUUGUCGCCCCAGCUUCUCUGUUACGCAGCCCUUUGCUCACUAGCAGGUGGUCGUGCAGCAGGCUACGCCAUCAGCCUGCUCUUACUUGCACGUAUCAUCUGCAAGGAUAUCAUGGAACAUCCUGUCGAAUCGCUUGAUGGAAUCUCAGACACGAUUCCCAGGCUGUCGGCAAGGCUGGUGGGACGCGCUCCUUCGGGAUCCCAAAGCUUCCCUCUGCUCACGCGGUGUGGACUCCGGCCUCUGCCAGGGUGAAGUCCACCCUUCCAGGCUGAUGGGUUUCUGCCCGUCCUCCCGCGAGAACACCACACUGACAUGGUUAGCUCCGCACAGUAGGACGCGACAUCCGGGCAGGUAGCCCUUCUAGCCGCCUUCUCAGUUCAUGCUUACGUGAGUUACUCUGAGUACCCACGCCCGCGCGGUUUUGCUGUCCAUCUCGUGCCUUCUCCUCCCAGCAACUAUGUCUUCAGAUUGAGGAAGUCGUCUCUGCUCUCUAGAGUGGGCUUAAAUCCUCUUUUCAGAUCCGUUAUCUUCUGAGAAGCUGCUGGUAGCAUGAACGGCCCUACACCACCCUUACCUAAAACCAUCCUUGCGUCACGUACGCGCCAUAGCUCACGACUCAAAAUCCAAAGCCCGCCUUUCAAGGAAGACAGUUAAAGAGCUAAGAACAGGAACUGUUUCCCAGAGUGUGGAUUUUCUCGUUGACGAUUUCCCAGUCCCUAGAGGAUGCUCUCUGGGUGUCUUCUGCUGGCGUCACUGUUGUCCCACAGACCAGCAGGGUUCCCUCGCAGGCUCUAGCACACGUGCCAGGAAGUCACCCGUGGGCAGGGCCACUCUCGGGUUUCUUUUAACUUCCUUGAACCAACUCCAUUCUGCGCAACAGGUUUGGCUGCCAAAGAACUCCUACUUUCCUGUACUCUCUGGGGCACCUUCCCUCCCCCCCCCCCCAGUCUGAGUUCCUUUCCCCUUUAUUUAUUUAUUUUUUUGACAGGCAGAGUGGACAGUGAGAGAGAGAGAUAGAGAGAAAGGUCUUCCUUUUUGCCGUUGGUUCACCCUCCAAUGGCCACUGCGGCCGGCGCACCGCGCUGAUCCGAUGGCAGGAGCCAGGUGCUUCUCCUGGUCUCCCAUGGGGUGCAGGGCCCAAGCACUUGGGCCAUCCUCCACUGCACUCCCUGGCCACAGCAGAGAGCUGGCCUGGAAGAGGGGCAACCGGGACAGGAUCGGUGCCCCGACCAGGACUAGAACCCGGUGUGCCGGCGCCGCAAGGCGGAGGAUUAGCCUAGUGAGCCACGGCGCCGGCCUCCUUUCCCCUUUAUACAGCUAACGAGGUGCCACCCCUUUCCCCAAGGGCCUCAGUUGACUCUCUGCUGCCCCAUUUUGCACCCACCCCUUUCUCACUGCAACCACUUGGAGAAUCUUUGCAGUCUGGCCCCUGGGCUGCUCCCACACAUACAAGUUAGUGUUCUCCCACUGGGAGAGACAGGGGCAUAGAUGCAGGCACCGCCUAAGGGGACGCAGCCAGCGUGUGCUGUGCCACAGACCUGGCGGUGUCAGGGCCCAGGGCCCACACGGUCUCCACGGUUGGCCAGGAGGCAUGAGGUGACCCAUGAUGCCCCGGAGGUGUAUGUCCCGGGCACCAGCAGGCAGGGGGUCUCUUGGCUGAGGGAAGGGUUCAAGGCUGGGUACUCACAGCUUUUCUUUGGU